AUUCAAGAUACAUGCAUUUUGCGUUAUGGAAUGCAAUGCGAAACCCAAACAUAAUAAAUACUAAAACAAGACCUCAAAGAAAAAUAUAGAAUAUAACCAUAUUCCGGACAUGAAGAUCGUGACAUUGGUACUCGUCGUCUUCGUCAUACUUUCGACAUCAUUCCCGGCUGCCAUCAAAGCCGAAGACACGGGAGAUACAGGAAAUGUGGGAGUGACAUGUGACGCAAGGCAGCUUCAGCCUUGCCUUGCCGCGAUUACGGGAGGAGGACAACCCUCAGGUGCAUGUUGUGCAAAGCUUACAGAGCAACAGUCAUGCCUCUGUGGUUUCGCUAAGAACCCUGCGUUCGCACAGUACAUUAGCUCUCCAAACGCUCGCAAAGUGCUCCUUGCUUGCAAUGUUGCUUAUCCCACUUGUUGAAACUUAUCUAGAGAUUUUAUAAAUAAAUAAACGAAAGGAAAUAAAUUACAUUAUAUCAAACGUUAUGAUACAAUUCAACCGUUUGUGUUAAUGUACUGGCUUACAUGGUUAAAUAAAGUUUAUUUUCUUGGUUGUUUUAUA